AUGAGGCGUGGCGACGGCCCAGCGAUUACCGGCCCGGGCGAAUGUGAACGCGUUAUGUAUGCUGGUGAGCGGCAGUUCAAAGUUGUGCAGAGCUGGAGACUGAAGGAGGGACGCGGCGUUGAGAUCACUACCAAGCUCUUCGACCUCAAGGCUGGCAAGCGCGCAGCUGCGAGAAACAGCGGCACCUCGGAGGCUUGUGAAGCAGAUUUGUCCAAGGUGGCCCGCGAAAAAGCUGACAAGAUCAUGAAGGGCAAGCGAGAGGGAGCUCGGAGAGCGGGCGUACCACAAGCCCGCGGGCGCGGUGGUGGGGCAGACAGUCACAUGUCUUGCCCCGUCAUCAGGGUGGCGGCGAGGCAGCUUUCUCCAAAUUUUUCGGGUGGCCGGACUACAUCAACUUCAAGAGGAUUGGGAAUCGGAGAAGGGCGAGGACAUCAAGGACCCUGGCCGAACUCUAUUCCUCUCAACAUGGUCACCCCGGACGGACAAACGGCGUGGAAGGGGAUGUGGGAACACCUGGGGACGUUUUCGGAAGUGUUGGCAUGCCCAAAGGUGGACCUACGAGAGGGGGACCCGGAGGAUGAGACCCGGUAUGAAGACGUUGAGAGGCCCGGGAAGAAGCCCCUGCAAAACCAACAAGUCGAGAAGGAGGGCAAGCUCUGCGACCUGUGGGCGGACUUCAAGAAGCACAGCAGUAAGCUCUACAUCGCUCAUCAUGCAGAGGCCAAGUGGCAGACAACCUCUCAUGGGCUCUGCUUGAGCACGUUUCACGACGGCGAUAUCGUGAUCGAGACAGAUUUUAUCGAGAAAUAUUCGCACGUUCCUGGGGCCGUCCUCACCUGCGCGCGGCAUCCCCAAACCACGCUCAUGGUGGCUAUUGUACACUUCAGUCCGCAGCGCUGGGAGGGCGGCGGAAGGGUUCACCAGACUGAGACAUGGAUUUCUACUUCGGAGGACCCUGCACACGACUUCGACUUUCACCGCCACGCGCUAACUCAGAUUGCCGACUACUACUUGGAUGGGCCCGGAAGUGAUGCAACUGCCGCCGCUCGGGAAGCCCAACGGAUCCCCCGCAUGCACAUGUUCACGGACGGGUGCGCCAAGCAGUACAAGGGGAGGCGCAACUUCCGUUUUCUGGCUGACAGUGUGCGGCAGCUUGGCUUUAUCGUCGAACACCAUUUUGCGGCCACCUCUCACUUCGAAGGCUGCCACGACGGGAUCGGCGGUGUGGCGAAGAACGCCAUGAGGAUGUCCGAGCAACGUGGCGAUCGGGCGGCUGGUGUGGUGAAAUUCUUGGAAGAGUACUUUGACCACAUCGGGGCUGGGAACAAGGAGCUCGCGGACUACUUCGCCACGUGGUCGCCGUAUCGCAUCCGGCGUGUGCAUGUGAAGCUCAUCGGGCUGGGCGCUGUCUACAGGCCGGAGCAGCAGCUAAAAGGCAUCACAGGUACUCGAGACGCCUACCUCUUUGUAGGGGCCAACGCGGGGCUUACGGACCGCGCGACCACGACUAGGCGGGGGAGAGACGAAAGCGUUCCGGACGUGAUGGAGAAAGAUUGGUCACUGGCGAUGGGAACGGACGUGGGGGAGGUGGAGGGGACGGAGCUCUAUGAGAAGAGGAAGAGGGAUGGCCGCCGCACGGACCCUGGUGACGAGAAGGGAGAGGAGGAGGAGAGGGAAAAGACGUGGGGGGAUGGGUCUGCCGGUGCAAGACGGAGCGGCAGGGCGCGGAGGCCCAAAGCGCUUUUCACGUUGGUGGAGGGGUAUGAGGAAGAGGAGAAGGAAAGCGAUGUGGAAGGGGAGAAGGAGGGGGAGGGGAACGCGGAGGGGGAGAGGGAGGAAGAGGAGGAAGUAGAGUCGGAGAGGGAGGAAACGGAGCGGGGGUGCGAGGUGGUUCGCGCCGAGAAGGUCAUCCUCACCGACGAGCUUUACACCUCGGCCGCAUCUUGCUUUUGCUCAGCGUGCCGACGGCGCGAGUACAACAUGUGCUUUACGAAUAGCAUGUAUCCGGGGCAAGUCCCCGUGCUUAAAGCAGACCAAGUUGACGAGACGGUCAUUAGGGUCACUGGGGUAGAUCCUGUGGUUGGAGUUGACCCCGUCCCUGGUAGAAAGAGAAAAUCGAAAGCAAUCGUGUUCGGCAAGGAGGAUUUCUGUAUGAUUAAGAAGGUGCCUGGUGCGCAGUUGACGGUUAUUUCUGCAACAGCACAUAGAAGAAGGUUGUCGGGGUACUGA